GCCAUUUUGUAGAGGUAUAAGAUAACCUAGCCAAGCAGCAGUGUCGUUGCUCUUAGCCUGCACUUCUGUAUUGUGCAAUGGACGGCCGUCUAGAGACUGAUUUGUAUCCUAUGGGAUCCAGUUACACUGCUGAAAUAGACAGUGUCCACGAUAUUACAGUUGGUACAAAGCGGGGAUCUGACGAGCUGUUUUGUGUCUCAAACGGACCCUAUAUCAUGAGCAGUUCUGCAACAGCCAAUGGCAACGACAGUAAAAAGUUUAAAGGUGAUAACCGAAGUCCUGGAGUGCCUUCUCGUGUAAUUCACGUUCGUAAGCUUCCCAAUGAUGUAAAUGAGGCAGAAGUAAUUUCCCUUGGACUCCCUUUCGGCAAAGUUACUAAUCUUCUCAUGCUUAAAGGCAAAAACCAGGCUUUCAUAGAAAUGAACACUGAAGAAGCAGCACAGACUAUGGUCACAUACUAUGCCUCAGUCACUCCUGUUUUGAGGAAUCAUCCAAUAUUUAUUCAGUACUCUAAUCACAAGGAACUGAAGACUGAUAACUCACCCAAUCAGGCAAGAGCACAAGCAGCUCUUCAAGCAGUAAAUGCUGUUCAGACUGGGAAUGUUGCCAUGCAAGCUACACUAGAUACUGCUGGAUUAGGUGGUCAGAGCCCUGUCCUUCGCAUUAUUGUAGAGAAUCUCUUCUACCCUGUGACACUGGAUGUUCUUCACCAGAUUUUCUCAAAAUUUGGAACAGUAUUAAAAAUUAUCACAUUUACCAAAAAUAAUCAGUUUCAAGCCCUUCUACAAUAUGCAGAUUCCUUGGCUGCACAGCAUGCUAAAUUGUCCCUGGAUGGACAAAACAUCUACAAUGCCUGCUGCACCUUACGCAUUGAUUUCUCCAAGUUGACAAGUUUGAACGUGAAGUAUAACAAUGAUAAGAGUCGAGAUUACACACGUCCUGAUCUUCCAACAGGUGAUAGCCAGCCUUCCAUUGAACACCAGACAAUGGCUGCUGCCUUUGGCAAAGAAGCCACUUUCAGACUAGGUGCCCCUGGCAUCAUAUCUGCCUCCCCCUAUGCCGGUGCUGCAGGUUUCCCACCUGCAUUCACCAUUCCUCAAGCAGCAGGUCUUGCCAUGCCUGGUGUACCUGGAGCACUAGCUUCCCUGGGCAUCCCUGGUGCAGCUGCAGCAGCUGCAGCAGCAAGUAGAUUGGGCAUUGCUGGCCUUGCUACUGGACAUGCAGUUCUUUUGGUUAGCAAUCUCAACCCAGAGAGAGUUACGCCCCAAUGCCUCUUUAUUCUCUUCGGUGUGUAUGGUGAUGUCAUAAGAGUGAAGAUCCUCUUUAAUAAGAAGGAAAAUGCCUUGGUGCAGAUGGCCGACGCAAACCAGGCUCAGCUAGCUAUGAGUCACCUUAAUGGACAGAAACUCCAUGGCAAGGCCAUUCGAGUAACUUUGUCCAAACACCAGACUGUGCAGCUACCUAGAGAAGGUCAGGAGGACCAGGGUCUCACAAAGGACUUCAGCAAUUCACCUCUUCAUCGUUUUAAGAAGCCUGGAUCCAAAAACUUUCAGAACAUUUUUCCUCCCUCUGCAACACUCCAUCUCUCUAAUAUUCCGCCUUCAGUAAUGGAAGAAGACCUGAAGAAAUUGUUUGCAAGUACAACUGCUGUUGUCAAAGGUUUCAAGUUCUUCCAGAAGGAUCGAAAGAUGGCAUUAAUCCAAAUGGGCUCUGUGGAAGAAGCAAUUCAGUGUUUGAUAGAAUUUCAUAAUCAUGACCUUGGGGAAAAUCACCACUUGAGAGUUUCCUUUUCCAAAUCCACCAUUUAGAAACCAGCUUUGGCAGUUAUUUGACAGACGUUCUGCUCCUCAUGGACAGAACUGCCAACUGGGGUCUUAAUUCCAUUAGACUCUGUUCCAUCAUUCCUUGAAAUAUAUACAAAUAUAUAUAUUUAUAUAUAUCUAUAAAGCCACUUUUUCAACAUGGACACCAGAGGGAGGGAAAGAUUUUUUUAUUUGUUUUAAGUAUCAAUUUUAGCUUUUUAUGACCUCUUCCUUCCCUUUUCCAAUUUCUGUACUUUUUUUUUUUUUUCCCAUGACUGAAGUAUUGGACUGAACCAUAAUAACUACACAAUGCUGCCUGUUUCCUGUAAUUUAAAAGAUCACAUUAUGGAGUCCUACAGAACAGUGUAAGCCUACGUACAGUUAAUUCUUAUAGAUGACCUCAAGUAUACUGUGCCUUAUUAAAAGCAUUUCUACAGAUACUGUGUAUUCCCCUAGUAAGCAACACCAUCUUUGUACACUACAUUUAACGCAGUGUAAUUAAAAGCCUAGCAGAGUAA